CGCUUAGCGGUUUGGCGCUUUACAGUGUCCGGUGUACGGCUCGCUCCGGAGUAGCGGCUGUAAUACAGACACUUCCCUCUCUUACCCUGUGCUUUAAUGUCUGUGUCCUGGGACGUUCGUGGACAGUCAUGUCUCAAGAGGAAAAUGUGGUUGCCCAUGAACUUUUCAAAGAUGUCAAAUUUUACGUGGUGGGAGACAUCGACCAAAAGGUGGUACAGCUGCUAAAAGCAGGAAAAGGGAAGGAGGUGUCUUACAAUGCUCUGGCCACGCACAUUAUUGCAGAGGAUGGGGACAACCCAGAGGUAGGCGAGUCCAGAGAAGUUUUUGACCUCCCUGUUGUCAAGCCAUCUUGGGUGAUCCUCUCAGUCCGAUGUGGAGAUCUGUUACCAGUUACUGGAUUCUCCCCAGAAUCGGGACAGAUAUUCUUUGGCGUGACGGUGUGUCUUCCCAGGCUUCCAGAUGAUCUCAAUGCCUUGUGGGCUUACAUAACAUUUUAUGGAGGAGAAUGUCAGCUUAACCUUAAUAAGAAGGUCACCCACUUAGUGGUGAAGGAACCAAAGGGGGCCAAGUUUGAGUGUGCCCUGAAACACCCUAGCAUCAGGAUCGUCACCCUGGACUGGAUUACAGAUUCAGUCAAAGAUAAAAGCAGGAAGGAUGAAGCACUCUAUCACCCCAGACUCACGUACGUGGAGCCUGAGGAAGAGGAGGAAAGCGAAGCAGAGUCAUAUGACCAGCACUCCCACUCUGAUGGAAGUUACAGCCCCCGGCAAUCUCGGCUGUCUAGUGGCGGCUCAUCUGGCGAGGAGUCCAGCCCCCGCAGACGACCAGGACCCAAAAAACUGAAUUCUGUCUCUCCAACGUCCCCCCGCAAACCUGAGCGCCGCAGCGAACGCAUGUUUGACGACUCUGAUGAUGACUCCUCCACAGAGAAGGAGGGCACCAAUCUCAACUGGACGCCUGCUGAAGUCGUCACUCAGACGCCCCCUAUUGCAACUGGCACAGCCAGACGACGGGGAGGGCCACCUGGCAGCAAAGACCCAGCCUCAUCUGCAGGCAGUGGGAUGAUCAACCUGUAUGCCACUGUGCCUCCUGUACCUGGCAGUGGAGGAGCCAUGCCUGCAGAGGCUCGCUCUGCUGCUGCUGCCAUCAGUCACAGCACACAGCAGGGUGUAUCAGUUCCAGAAGGCAUACCUGGAUGGAGUCCAGCAGCCAGAACCCUCCGCAACAUUACUAACAACUCUGACAUGCAGCCAGCCAAUCGACCUGCCAAUGUAUCACAUAUCAUCCAGAAUCCGACAGCCAAUCAGACAAAGCCAUUGGAGCAGCAACCCAAUCAGAGCCACGCUCAGACCCCCAACAAUACUAACCCUCUUCUCUUCAGUCAGUCCAAACUGGCCAGCCAGCCCCUCACAGCAGAGCAGCAGCAACAGUUACUGCAACAGCAACAGUCACACCAGGCUGCUCAGCAACAACAUCAACAGUUACCGCAGCAACCGCAGCAUCCCAUGAUGCAUCUCCAGCAGCAGCAUCAGAUGAUGCAGCUACAUCACCAACAGCAACAGUCACAGAUUGCACAGCAACAAGGGUUCCCACAGUUGCCCCAGCAGCAACAGCAGUUUCUACAACAACAGCAGCAAAUGCACCAACAGAUGUUUUCGCAGCAGCAGCAGCAGCAGCAGCAGCAGCAGCAGCAGCAACAGCAGCAACAGCAACAACAGCAACAGCAGCAACAGCAUGCGUUCACCCAGCAGCAGCAGCUGCGGCCCCAGCAGCUCCUACGGCCUGGUUUACAGCAGCUACAGCAGCAACAAGCUCUGCAGCAGCAGCUCCAACAGAUCCAACAGCAGCAACGUAUGCAAAUGUUACAGCAACAGCAGAAUCAACAGCAAAUACACCAACAGCAUCUACAGCAGCAGCAGCACCAUUUCCUACAACAGCAACACAUGCAGCAGAUGCAACAGCAGCACCUCCAGAAUCAGCAGCAGCAGGCCCUGCAGCAUCAGACCCAGCAGGCCCUGCAGCAGCAGACGACGACACUCCAGCCUCAGCUUCAGCCUCAGCUCCAGCCUCCAAAUAUCUCCCAGCUUUUUGGACACGAGCCAGGACAAGAAAUUCCACAGGAUGGCUUCCUGCUAGGCUGUGUGUUUGCUAUUGCUGACUACCCAGAACAGAUGGCAGACAAACAACUCCUGGCAACAUGGAAGAGGGUCAUUCAGGCAUGUGGAGGUGCUGUUGACCCCACCCUGACCAGCCGCUGCACACACCUACUGUGUGAGAGCCAAGUCAGCAACAUGUAUGUACAGGCACUCAGAGAGGGGAAGCGCUGUGUAACAGCCCACUGGCUCAACACUGUUUUGAAAAGGAAGAGGAUGCUUCCUCCUCAUAGGACAUUACAUCUGCCCUUUGCCUUCCCUCCUGGAGCCAAACCCUGCUCUCAGCAUAUUAUAUCAGUGACAGGUUUUGUGGAUGCUGACAGAGAUGAUCUAAAGUUGAUGGCCUACCUGGCUGGUGCCAGAUACACCGGAUAUCUGUGUCGCAGUAAUACAGUCCUCAUCUGUAAAGAAUCCAGUGGGCUUAAGUAUGAGAAGGCCAAGGAAUGGAAGAUCCCAUGUGUGAAUGCCCAGUGGCUGUGUGAUAUACUGCUGGGCAACUUUGAAGCACUGAGGCAAAUUCAGCACAGCAGAUACUCCAUCUACACAGACUCAGAACCACUGGUGCCUAACACACAGUUAGUCCAGAACCUGCUGGCUGCUUGGAGAACGCCCAUCAAAGUAUCUCCUGAAGCUUUGGCGAGCCUCCAGCUGCUCCAGAAGCAGAAGAUCACAGACUCCACCAGCCAGCCUGCUAACAAGAAGGCCAGACUGGAGGAGAUUCAGACCCCCAGUAAGAAGCUUCCUCCAGAGUCCACUCCCCGAGUCAUGUUCACAGGCUUUGAGCCUGCACAAGUACAGCAGUAUACUAAGAGGUUACAUGCUUUAGGUGGUGAAGUAGCAGACAACAUUCAGAAGGUCACUCACCUGUUGGCCAGUAAGGUGACUCGCACUGUCAAGUUCCUCACUGCCAUGUCUGUAGUCAAACACAUCGUCAGCCCAGAGUGGCUGGAAGAGAGCUGGAGGAGCCAGACAUUUGUGGAUGAGCAGAGUCACAAUCUGAGGGAUGCAGAGGCGGAGGUGUUGUUUGGUUUCAGUCUGGAGGAAUCACUAAAGAGAGCCCACAGUACACCGCUCUUCAAGGGGAAGUACUUCUACCUCACCCCAGGGAUCUGCCCCAGCCUCAGCACAAUGAAGUCCAUCCUGGAGAGUGCUGGAGGAAAGCUGUUGGCCAAACAGCCCUCCUACAGAAAGAUCAUAGAGCACAAACAGAACAAGAACCUUCCUGAAAUCAUCUUAAUUUCCUGUGACAAUGACCUUCACCUCUGUAGAGAAUACUUUUUGAAAAACAUUGAUGUCCAUAACGCCGAGUUCAUCCUGACAGGAGUUCUUACCCAGAAACUCGACUAUGAUUCAUAUAAGUUCACUUGAUGGUGAAGCAAUGAUAGCAUGAAGAAGACGAGGAAAAGAUUAGGAAGCCACCUGUGUACAGUCCAGCCACACUGACUUUUCUAUAUUUUUAUUUCUGUGCAUAGAUAUCCAGUCAUUUUGUAGCCUUUUAUUACCAGUUUGAGAAUAAAGAAAUCAAUGUUAUUUUUGUGAGAUGAAUGUUUAAAUUAUGGAGGAUUUUAACCUUUUUCUUGUGGUUCAGAUAGAAUGUGUAAAGGUUUCAGCUCGUACACGCUGCUUUUUUGAAUAAAAAUUUGGGAAAAACUGUC